GCAGCAGCUACUCUUUUCUCUUUGCCUUUGGUAGUUUAUGAAGGUCUAAGUCUUUUUACAAAAAGAUUGGAAAGAUCCUUACUAAAGGCCUCUCUCUACUCCAGUUUCCUGGGUCUUUAUUUCAUGGAUCUUAUGUUAGCUAUCUGCUACGCUAACCUGUUAAAGCAAGAGCAGAAUAACCAGACUUGUUAUUGUCCAGGAGCUUGUUCUAUGCAAGAAGGUUAGACACUUGGUUGAAAACUACUCGUUCAAGUGUUUUUGCAAUGAAUGGAAGAAGGGAUACUGGUCUGUAAUUUUCUAUGUAUGUGUGUUAGCUGUUAAGAUGUGCAUGUCAAAUUGUGGUGUGGAAAACUGGCCACUGAUGGUGGCUGUUUUAUUUAUGAAGAAUGUGGCAAAGUCGGUUGAUGAAGGAGGAGGAGGAGAGUGAAGAAGAGAGGAGAAGGGGGUGGUAUAGGCUGGCUUGGAUGAAAGGGAGCAGAAGUUGUCUAAGCGCAGUGUUAGAGUAAAGAAAAGAGUAUCAGUUGAACUUUUAGUAUCUAGUGAUGAGAGCUGAUUAGAGGGAGGAAGUGUGAAUGAGACCAAAGAGGAUAGGCGGGAGGGUGAGAGUGAGUAUAGGUUACGUCAAAAGGUGACCUGUGGAGGUCUCCUCCCUCUUCUUUUUAAGCAUUUCAUUGCUUUAAAUGACUUUCAACAUUUAAAUAAUUACUACUUAAAAGCUAUCAAAUGUUUUAGAUUGUCAUUUCAAACCAUAUGUUUUACUUUUUAUUAUUAUUGUGAUAUUUAUAUGCAGAAGAAAACACCAUAAAUAAAUUAACAUCCAGAUUUGUUGUUAGAUUUUGAUCCUAGAAGACUUAGUUUUAGACCUAGUUUUUACUAUUCUGUAAAAUUGAACAAAUGCACUUAGCGAUAGCUUGAUUAUAUUGGGUGUGUAUUAUACCUCUGCAUGAGGAUAAUUGUUGUGAAAUAGCAGUUAGUUGUUGUGAAUUGAUCUGAAAAUAUUGCAUCUGCCACAAUGCACUUUCUUGGAAAUAGCAGGAAAUUUGACAACAAAAAAAAAACUGACUAAAUGAUCUCUCAGAACUUUAAACUUAAAGGGAAAAUACUUUUAUAAUUUACUCACCCUCAUGUUGUUCCAAAAAUAUAUGACUAUCUGGUUACACUUUAUUUCAAUGGUCCACUUUAGACAUUCUACUAACUAUAAGUAACUUUUCAACUACGUGUCGACUAAUUCUCAUUAGAGUAUUAGUAGAUUGUAGACUGUUAGUAGAGUGUAAGGAUAGAGUUAGUAGAAUAAGCUGACAUGUCUUUGCAAAGUUACUUACAACAUGAGGUUAAGUGAUGACUGAAUUUUCAUUUUUUAGUGAACUAUGCCUUUAAGCCCUCAUACAUGUGUUAAAACCACAGAGAAAUAUAAGGCAACUGACUAAGAGUCACACUUUCAUAGAAUUCAGCCAGAGAAAAGGGAAGUUUUUAUCUUAUUCAAAUGUUCUGACAUGGUUAAUUGCCUCCGGUGAAAGAGAGAGACGACGCCUAGACGAGCAGAAUCAUAAGCUGUAAAGAUCAUUGAGGAAUUGAAGAUGGUGCUUCUGUUCUCAUUUCUAAUACUAUCUCUGAAGAUAUCAUGUGUUUCUUCUUGGUCUGCUGGUAAAUGUAUUUUCUACAGUGGUGCGGAAGAGUUUCCUGUUGCUAAAACUUGUGCUGGAAAAACAAACUCUGCCUUCUGCCAUCAUGUCACUGACAUUACAGAAGACCUUCAUAAACUUCCAUCAAACUUACGGAACCUCUGCAUUCAAAUGGACCGAGACUGCCACGGUGCCUUGGCUCCAGACUCAUUCGCACGUUUUGUUUCUCUGGAUUACCUUGAAAUUAAUGGAUGUUUUUCAGAGAUCCCUCCAGAAGCUUUUAAUGGUUUGACAAAUGUAACUUCAUUCAGAUUAAUGAACUCGGCUUUAAAAGACUGUUGUGAGGUAGCUCUUGAUUUCAGUCGCCUUCCCUCACUUAACACAUUGCAUCUUUCACACUAUAGAUUAUCAUUAUUGGCACCAAAUGUUUUUGAAAUGAUUCCUCACUUGCAAAAUUUACUCUUCUUUGAAGUGUGUUUGAAGGAUAUAUCUGAGGUUCUGUGUCGACUGGCAAAUGUAAAAUCACUGAAGGUGUUUUAUCUAAGUGAACAAACAUUAAAUAGACUUCAGUACCCAAACUGUUCAGUUUUCAACACCUCUCAUGGUCACAUAUCUACUGAGUUAAACAUUGAAGAGGUAGGACUGGAUAUCGGAAAAUUAGAGCAUGUAGAUGAAGGAGCUUUGAAAGUUUUGGGAAAUCUGCUUGAAUUUAGCUUUUGUUCUAAAGCAGACUUCCUCAAAGAUCUUUCUUUAAUUGGAGUAUAUAAAAUCAAUACUUUGGUUGUCGUGGUGGAUGUACUUAACAUUGUUGAUUUGUGUACAGCAGCAAAGUUAUAUUCGAUUGAGUCUUUUCAAGUUUUUUAUGAGACUAUUAACUUGCCACUGACUCCUACUAAUAUCUCAAAUGGCUGUGAAGAUGUUAAGACAAUUAUUAUCGGAAAAUUAUUAGUUCCUGUAAACCUCUUAGACGUAUAUUCGUUCUUUCAGAUUUUCAGGAACCUCACUUUGGUUAACAUCGCUAAGCAUGAGCUUAGACCAAAUGACUUCCAAUCUCUUUGUGUUUCAGAUCCACAGAUAGUCAAACAGCUUUCCUUUAUGUUUCUAAGCUCAAAUAAGAUAGAUGAGAUAGUUUCAUACCAAUUUAUGUGUUUCGCAGAUCUUGAAAUUCUAGAUUUAUCCACAGAUCACAUUUCUAACAUAGAAGAUUUUGCUUUCUUUGGAUUGAACAAUUUGAAAGAGCUAUAUCUCUGUAGCAACAAGUUAUCUUACAUUUAUCAACACACAUUCAGUGGUUUAUAUGGACUAAUGGUCCUAGAUCUCCAAGAAAAUCCUAUUAUUCAUAUCGAAUCUAAAUCAUUUGGACAUCUUAUUAACCUUAGCACACUUCUGCUGGGAGAUCUGAACUUCCCACCUGACAUGUCACCAAUCAAGCUGCAUUUAUCUGAUAUAUUUGGCAUAAUUCCAUAUAAUUUGAGUAACAUUUUAAUUAGUUCAGGCCUGAGACCAAUGCAGCUUGUGAUCGGGAGUAAUACUACACUGGAUCAGGCCCUAAACUUGCACAUCAAAGGUCAAUAUGUGACUGUUGAGGACUGCAACAGUUCACUCUUGACAUCUGUAGUCACACUUCAGAUAGAUGCAGCAUAUGUGAGCUGUGGAAAUGAAUUCAUUGGGAAAUAUGUCCAAUCGGUCAUCAGUCUGGAAUUUAACUCAGUGUUCUCAGAUGAUAUUGGAGACUUGGCUGUAAUCAAUCAGCUUGUUCAUUUAAAAACCCUAAAACUGGCAAACAUUGAAUUGACUAAGCAGCCAAACGUGGCCGUAAUGUUUCACAACCUGACGAAACUCCGGACACUGAUCCUGGCGAACUGCAGAUUCUUCUUUCUGGAUGGAAGUCUGACCAAAGAUUUAAAGGCACUGACAGGUCUAGUGCUCAUUCUAAAAGACAACGUCAAUGUUCUUCAAAACUUGGUGGAACAUCUCACUAGUUUGAAAUACCUCUGUCUUCAGGGCUUGGGUCUGUACUGCAGUUGUGAUAAUGCGUGGCUGGUCUCAUGGGUGAAGGACAACAGUAAGGUGCAGGUUGACAUGUUCAACCCCACCAUGAAAGAACUGCAGUGUUUGAGUGACAAUGGAAUUGACCACCUCAACUUUAUUGGUUAUGCUAAGGAGAACUGCUCAUUUGAAAUCGAAUUUGUGUUCUUUGCCUCCACCUCUGCAUUUUUGUGUAUUUUUAUUAUUGUGGUACUGUCAUAUAAGUUUGCAGGCCAAUACAUUGCGCCUUUCUAUCAUAUCGCCAGCGGAUGGUUCAGAGAGGCUUUGCGUGUGAACGGUAAACAUCAGUACCGCUAUGAUGUUUUCGUGUCUUACAGCGCUAAAGAUGAACACUGGGUCAUGGAGGAACUUCUUCCGAACUUAGAGAGGCGCGGCCCUCCGUUUUUGCGUCUCUGUCUGCAUAGUCGGGACUUUCAGUUGGGAGAAGACAUUGUGGAAAACAUCACAGACAGCAUCUACGCAAGUUGUCAGACUCUUUGUCUCAUCAGUCGCAACUACCUCGGUAGCAACUGGUGUUCUUUGGAGAUGCAGCUGGCCACCUACAGGCUCCAGGUAGAACACAGGGACAUUCUUAUCCUGGUCUUCCUAGAAAUGAUUCCGUCUCGCUUGCUAUCCUCCCAUCAUAGACUGGCCCGGCUGGUAAAAACUAGAACCUAUCUGGACUGGCCACAGGACCCAGAGAUGCAUGAGGCAUUCUGGGACAGGUUAUGGUGUAAACUCAGCUCUAAUAAAGCCAACUAGACUUUGUUUCUGUACAUUGUAAAGUUGAUUAAACAAUUGCAAAGUGAGCAAAAUUCCACCGAAAGUUCAAUCAAUAUGACAACUAAUGGAAAAAUGUUUCUUUUUUUUGGCAAAUGGAUGAGAAAAAUUAACUUUAAAUAUAUUUAGCCUACAUGUAAUGUCCAUGUUGUAUUUACUUUUUUAUAUGCUUAAUAAACCUGGUGUAACAUCAAAAAUGAUUCACUGUGCAAACAUGACAAAAUGUGGUAUAUAAAAUAUGUAGCAAGAGUUAACUAUUUCAUCUUUAAAAAAUUAGCACACUUUAAACAUACAUAAAUUGAUGUCUGGAGUAACUACUGAAAUAUCCUUUUCUGAUAAAAAUCAACCUCAGACUAUUUCUGAAUAUGUUCAGAUAUGAGCUUGUAAGACUUGAUUUUCCUGCUAAGACAAAAACUGAGAUCAAGCACCCUGCAAUAAAGCAAUAAAGCUUAUCUGGAGAGAAGAUCUCAAAGAAAUAGCAUAGGACAACGCCUUGCCCUCACACAUCUACAGGAGGCAAUAGCCCUCCCCCCAAAACACACACACCCUCCUUCCUUUCCCCCUGACUCAAGUCACUGAAAGUUCUCCAAGAAGUAUAAUGUAUCUGGUGUAUCUAUUGUUUAUUCCUUUCAUGUUUGGUGUCAUUUUAAAUGUCUUAGUGUGAUUGGUAAAAUGGUCUCAAUUUCACAGCAGUCACUGGUAUUAUGAAGAAGAUUAAAAACUAAGGAGAAUUCUGUCCUCCUUUUGGGUGGUGUCACUUGUGAAAACCCACUCCUCUCCCCCCAAAACAGGUGUUGGUGUAAUAAAAAUGUACAAUCCUUUUGUUCUGGUCUUGGUAUAUAAGGUAAAGUGCAAAGCAGUCAGGGGGGAUCAUCUGUAGCCAGAAGCCCCCGUGCAGAGAUGGGCAAAUGUCUGAAGACAUUCACACAUCACUGUAUGUAUAUGCAUUUCUUUGGGUAAUUGACGUUAUGCAUUUAUUAUUUCUGAAUUGGCUUCUAAUUGUCUAACUGUAAUGUAAUUGGCAUGAUACAUUUUUACUUGACAAAUAAAAUGUUAUAUUUGGUUUAUUCUGUAUUAUUUUUGAUUCAUUAUUUCUAGUAGAUUAAAGCGAAGGUAUUACCGCAAAUCUGUGUUCAGGAUUGAUCAUACGGAAGGUUUAAUAGAUGGAGCAUAGGGCACAUCAAUUAAGUCCAUUUCGAUUUCUGACUAUCGCUGCCUUAAAUAAGUUGCAGUUUUCGUAAAUAUAUAAAAACUAUGCUUUUUGUUACGAGUAAGCAGAGCGCGACCGACUUAAAGGUAGAUAUUUACCCUGCAUCCAAUGUUUAAGGUCAGAACUGACGAGUUUGUGUCCGGGAAGAGCACUCAAGUCGGCCGAAGUGACUUUUCUAAAGCGAUACCUGGACUGCAGUGAACGAAUAAUUGAAGAUAUAAGAUAAUCAGAAUAAUCAAAAAUCUAAAUUAAUGCAUAACCAAUGAUUCAUUUCUAAUUGGAAACACAACCUAAGAAUGAGAAUCAUUUGAAAUUGGAGUCAGAUUAAACGAGUGAAAUUAAAUAAACUUCACAGAGGCGCUGAAAAGACAUACACGCGUUAACCUUCGCCCAGGCCGUCGGAUUCCGUUUUUGGGCCGAUGCGGGGUUCCUUACAAGCUGCUCUUAGGAGAUAUUUUGGCCCAUGCGUUUGUGCAAAUUAGUUUCAGUUCAUGUUUUAAGACGUGUUUUCUAGAACACAUUCCUCAGUGGGGUGGGUUUAAAAGAAACUUAUUCUGUACAGUUUUUCUUUGUAUUUCUCAACUGUAAGCAUGUACAGGUUAAACUAAUCUGAUCACACAUUACUACACACACACACAACACAACUUUUGUAUCCUUUUUUUUUUUUUAAUUUUUGAGUACAUGAUUAAAAACGUCUCAGGUUACGUAUGUAACCGUGGUUCCCUGAGAACCAGGGAACGAGACUCUGCGUUUGCUUACGCUAUGGGGAACGUCACACGUGACCCGGUGUCUGAAAGCCAACUAUCCAACAACUUCAAUCCCUAUUGGCCGGCGACAGCCUAUGACGUAAUAUGGUGCGACCCGGAAGUAUAAAAGGAGCGCCUGGAGAAACAGACAGUGUCUAUUGUCUUGAGGGACU